UCUGACGCAUCAUGGCGGCUGUGGGAAAAGCAGCGAGAGGGCGGCCGCGUCGCUAGCGAAAAGCGCCCGGAAAAUUUGCCCGUCGCCUCUAGGAAAAAUGCCCACACAGUCAGCCGAUGGCAGAGUAGUGUUUGUCAGCCGCUGUUUGAGAGGGAUAUCGACGCGGAGCUGGGAUCGGGGUUUGUGAGGAAGGAUGAGCUUCGGUGGGCCGGCGCCAAUCACCAUUUGUUGCCGGAAAAUCAGGAAGAAAAGCGGCGACGGCGGACAGCGCCGUGUGUAAGAGGCGGGCGGCAGUUUGUUGUUAGCAGCCCCUCGGGUCGAUGGGGGGCCGGCCAGUCCGUUUAAAUGCUGCGAGUCGGCAGUCCUUGACGACGGUGGAGCCACGGCCGAGCAUGGCGGUGUACGCCGGCAUCUUGCUGCUGCUAGUGCUGCGCAGCGUCCAAGGUGUUCCACUUCCGCAAACAGGUGCAGGGGAAACAACUGUUGAAGUCUCCGUGUCACUGCUCGUACUUUCUGGGUGCUGCUUAGUUGUCCUCGUCGUCCUGCUUGUGAAUUGUGCAUCAUGCUGCAAAGACCGGGAAAUAAAUUUCAAGGAAUUUGAAGAUGAUAAUCUUGAUGAAGAAAAUGAUUUUGUACCUCCAGCAGAAGACACUCCGUCACCUCCAACGCCUGCUGAAGUAUAUACACUUUCUGUUCCAAAUGUUAUGUUUUCUACUCCAACGCAGCUUCACUUAUCAAAAACACAAGGAGUCUCCUCAGCACCUUUUGGACGUCAUCAUCUUAGCUACGUUCAGGAAAUUGGAAAUGGGUGGUUUGGUAAGGUUCUUCUUGGGGAAUUCUACCAGGAUUCCAGUUUAGUCAGAGUGAUUAUUAAAGAACUGAAGCCCAGUGCAAGCUCAACAGAGCAUCAUCGAUUCCUUCAAAAUGGAGAAGCUUACAGAGUUCUGCACCAUCCAAAUGUGCUUCACUGCUUGGGACAAUGUGUGGAAGCUGUUCCUUACCUGUUGGUAUUUGAAUUCUGUCAACUGGGUGACAUAAAGGGCUACCUGCAUAGUCAGCAAAAUGAGCAAAGUCCCCGUGGUUCAGAGUUGCUGCAGCUGCAAAGGAUGGCCUGUGAGAUUGCUGCUGGUCUUGCUCAUCUGCACAAGCAUGGUUUUGUGCACAGUGAUUUAGCACUACGGAACUGUUUUCUCACAACGGAUUUGACGGUAAAAAUUGGCGAUUAUGGCAUUGGAUUCAGCCGGUACAGGGAGGAUUACAUUGUAAGCAAUGAUGGUCAGUAUAUUCCUUUGCGCUGGAUUUCACCCGAGCUUGUAGGUGACGUAUAUGGAAGCAUGGUGGUGGCAGAACAGACAAAACACAGCAAUAUUUGGUCUUUAGGCGUUGCAUUAUGGGAGUUAUUUGAGAACGCCAGCCAGCCCUACAUGCACCUUUCUGACAAAGAGGUGCUAAUCUUUGUUAUAAAGGAACAGCAAAUUAAACUCCCUAAACCUCAGCUGGAGUUGACUCACUCUGACAGAUGGUAUGAAGUUUUGCAGUUCUGUUGGUUAGCUCCAGAAAAGAGACCAACUGCUGAGGAGAUUCAUCGACUGCUAACUUACCUCCGCAUGCAGAGUCAGAAGGAGUGCGAGGACGACUUUGAAAUGAGGUGGAAUGCGUUGAAGUCCAGCAACAACAAUCGGCAAGCGAUGGCGAACAAUUCGUCGUUUCCAAUCCUGGAGCACUUUGUUGCUGAGCAACUGAACCAGGAGAUGGAUGACAUCCUCACGGUCACUGAAACUAGUAAAGGACUGAAUUUUGAGUAUGUGUGGGAGACAGCUAAACUUGACCAUUUUGAAGACCAUGUUCAAGGAAAUGAUGGCGCAAAGGUCAACUAUCAGAGCAUUUUCUACCCCACAGAUACUUCUGAGAAAAGUGGUUUCUCUAUUGUCCACACUCAAUCAGAUAAUAAAUUCACUAGGAAGGAGGAUAAAGGAACUCCACUUAUAUCAGGGAUCGUUCCUGUAUUUGAUACUCACUAUCCCUCCAUUGGAAGUGAAUAUUAUAUACAGCUGGAGGAACAAGGUGAAACUAACUUAGAUGUUGAUGAAAAUUCAGGCUUUCCUAAUGAGGGGACUUUCCAGACCAAGGAUUCCCAGUCCUUUGUUAUCCUCGGAGACUCUGGAGAUGAUUUGAGUACGGAUGUGGAUUUCUUUCCACACUGCAACGAAGACUUGCAAAAGUCUGAAGUAACAGAGGCAUUGAUUACUUCCUGCACUCCUAGUUAUGCUGAAAGCCCUAGCCACAAUGAUAUCUUCUAUGAUCACAAGUUGGAGGAGAUGCCUUAUAACAAAGGAAACUUGAACACUGAUGAAAUCAUAAUGCUAGAUCUACCUGAACUCAGUGAAGUUACAAGGAAAAAUGCACUUGGUCUUGUUUCAAAUAAAGAAACUCCCAUGGAGUCGUUAAUCCAUCAACCUGUUUCACUUGAUUUAAACACUUCUAGUCCCAUUUUGGAAGAAAAAGUAGACUUUGUUUUCACAGAAAGCACCAGUAGUGAUGGCUGUUCGGGAUUGACCCGAUCUGAGGGAUUGCCCUCGAAUUUUUUUCUUAAAGAAAAUAAACUUUUACACGACUCUUCACCCAAAGGUGAUGCCGUCAGUGAUACAGGAAACUUGGUGACUUUAUCAGAUUUUAGUGUGGCCUCUGUUAAUUCGCAAUUCCCUGCAGACAAAACAAUAGACACGGGGUUAGCUGAUCAAAGUAAGCAAUUAACUAGUUCUCAACUGCAUGAAAUUGCGUGCAGUUUUACUGACCCAGUUUAUUCACAGAGUGGUUCAUUUCAGAUCCCAAACGAUAAUAAAUGGUCAUCGGACAUUUUUUUAGAUGAGAAUAAAGUCGUGUGUAAAGAUCAGCAAGUUAAGCCAGAGUCAGAUGAGGGUUGUGUCAUGCAUGAUAGUUCAGGGUUAGGAUGUGACACUACUGAUGGCUGCAUUUCCAAACGCAAUUUCAAUUUGCCUGAUGCACACUGCCAAGAGACUGCUCAAUGCAGUGAAAGUGCCGCUGCUAGCAUGUGCAAUAAUGCCAAAACGUACCACCUUACUGAAGGUGGAACUGUGGAAGAAAACACAGCUGUUGUUUCAAUAACAGAACUGGCGAAGCAAACUGAAGCUAUAGGCCGAGCACACAAUGCAGUCAAUAUAGAUAAAGACAUCUUGGGUCAUUAUGGGCAGGACACCAGAAUAUCAGCUGGACACUUGUCCGAGCUCUUCUCAAAAACAUUAUCAACUUCUCCCCUCUCUGGAACCCCAAAUGAUUCUGAAUCGUUGGCUGCUGACAAAUAUUAUGUCUGUUCAGAGAUAUCUAAAACACAGGACACUGUUUCCUUGUCUGAAGCUCCCAGCCCGUCCAAAAGUAUUGAAUUGUUAGCUCCCCUCCAUUCUGGACACACUUCAGUAGAUGCUUUGAAAGCACUAGAGACUAUUGAUAUAGAUGAACCCCCCUCCCGUAGCUUCAAAAAUGCAAAUUCAAUAGUCUCUGUGCCUUGCCCAGACUUACCAAGUCAAGUUAGCCCUGUGGAAGAGGGCGUAUCGUUCUUGCAUCCCAGUUCAGAGCAAUCUACGGGUACACCGGAUUCUUUGGACUCGCUGGAGAUGCAUGGGGUAUUAGGGACUUUAGAAACACAAAAUGCAGUUUCUGAGAAAUUGAAGCCACCGCAGAAGCAACCUGAUAGUGGCUAUGAGACUGAAAAUCUAGAAUCACCUGAAUGGUCUUCACAAUUGCCCAGCGCAAAUGCAGCUCCCAUCUCAACUGCUUCCAGUAAUGAAUUACCUAAUACUUUCCCCUCGAAUCCACUCAUUAUUGUGUCCAAGGAGGAAGCUCUUCCUUCUGUGGAGGUCAUUGAUGUAGAUGCUACCAAGGAAGCCUCAAAUAUGUUAGCCAAUGGAAACCAGAACUCCCACAGAGACUCUGCUUAUUUCUCCGACAAUGAUUCCGAACCGGAUAAAAGAGCGGAUUGUGAUGUUGCUGCUGGUACAAAUGAAGAAAAUGAUCUUAAGAAUGUGGCUGAAUUUGAAAUUGUUACUGUACUCAAUGAUGAAGUUAUAGCAACAUCCGAUUUUGCAGAUUUAUCAGAGGAGAUUGCAGAUGAUAAGAGUAAGUUGUAUAGUUCCGACCAGGAGGAAUUUCCAAAGAACAUUCAAACUGGAAGCCAAGGUAACUUUAGUAAGAUAAACAGUGAUGAAGGAUCUGGUGAGAGUUUGGAUGCUUCAAGUAUAAUUGAUCCCUAUGGAUCAGUAUCAGGGGUUUUCUACAGCAGUCCAGUUAGCACUACUCAGUUUUCUGAAGCUAUGAAGGAAGACUUUGAAAUAAUUAUUGAGAAGGACAUUAAAAAACCAUUGUCAAAAGGUAAUGAAGGAAUUAGACUGAAGGAGCCUGAUAUUGAAGGACGGUACCUUGGCAGACUAGAUGCCUCUGAGCUCUUUAACCUCUCUGAGGAACAAGACGGAAUGGAGGCUGAUGAAGAAGAUGAAAACAGUGAUGAUUCAGAGGAUGAGUUCAAAGGCUAUUGCGUUAAUACUCCCAGUUCAGAGAGUGAGGACGACACAGUGCAUCCCGUGCCAGUAGUUGUAUCUGAAAAUGAUGAUGGAAAAGCUCUGAAAAGUUUAUUGAAGGACUACGGCCGCAGGUCCUCUGAUUACCCCACAACAGACCCGGGGAAGAAACGAGUGAAGAAGAUAGUGUCAUUUUUUGAUGACGUCACAGUCUUCUUGUUUGAUCAGGAGACCCCUACCAAAGAGCUGGGAGAGCAUUCAGCAGCAGAAAACAGUUUGGUGUCUAACAGAGGUAGCCCUGUCACAAUAACUGGAUCCCAUUACUCAAACAGGAUCUCAAACUCCGAAAGCUCCACUGAUGAAGAAGGAGGUGGUUUUGAAUGGGAAGAUGAUUUCUCCGUAUCCUCUUCAGAGUCCUCAUUUAUCUCUCAAACAGCAAAUCGACUUGCCUCCUUAAAACAGUCUCCUUCCCCAGCUUCCAGAUACUUCUCACCUCCACCGUCCUCCCGGACUUUGGAGCAGAAUUGGACAGAUACAUCAUCGUACUCUCGAUUUUCUAUCUCUCCAUCUAGCAUUGCCAGCUUCUCUCUGACUCACCUCACAGACUCCGAUAUCGAACAAGGAGGAAGCAGUGAAGAUGGAGAGAAAGACUGAAAGACAACUGUGGAAGAAAGUGAUUUGUGUUUUCUUUAUUUCAUAAUCAGACUAUCUGACAGAACAAGCCAGUUCAGAUUUAAAAUAAGAUGGAUGAACCAAUUCUUUUUCCACAAAAUUGAAAUGAGUCUGUGCACAACGAAGUAUAAAAUAUUUAAAUGUUGUUCAUGUUAUACUAAAAAUGUGUUCUGGCUGGACAGUACAGUUUCAGAACAAUGGAAGGCUGGAUAAAUAGCUUCAAUAAGUCCAAGGACACAACUCUUGGCAAUCUUCUUUUGAAUUCCUUGCCGCUCUAUGGCUAAGUUCACUUUGCAGACAUAGGAUUGUUCAUUGUUCACUAUUUUUCUGUUCCCUUAAGUACUGUACUGAAGGAAGGAAAUAAUUUUUAUCUGCCAUUCUCUGUAUUAAGUGUUAUAUUUAACCUGUAAAUGUUUUUUCUUUUCCAGAGAAAGGGUACAGUUGGUGAUAAGUUUCAUGUUAUACCUCCAAGGUGCAAAGAUGAUGUUUUAUUUCAGAAUCUGAAAGGUAUCUGGUGAUAUUAUGGCCCUCUGGUUUUAUAAUUGAGCUAUCUUGUCACCUGCCAAAGUAAAUUUCCUGUUCAUUAUGGCAGUUUCCAAUAGGAAUAUAAUUGGGAUGUCCAAAGUUUUUGUUUUAACAAUUCAGCAAUGUGAAUCUAUUUCGAAAAGCCUCUCAAUAACAAUACUUUUUAAAGAUCAGGCCACAGGAUGUAUGCAAAGCAAUGAUUUGCAAAGUGUUUAAGCCAAUCAUUCCAUAAAACCAGUGUCACAGCUGGUUUGUUUUCCUACAUACAACAUAACAAGCACCCCACAGCUGUGACAAAUAUCUACCACCUGUUCUGUGAACCUUUUAAAGCUACUGCAUUUCUGAGGGUAUAACUUCUGUGAUGGUUGUGUGGCACAUAAUUCCACAAGUUUGCUUCCAAAUGUCAAAGCCAGUCUGAGUUAUGUUUGCAAGCAUUUUUAAAAAGUUGCUUAUACCCAUAUUGUAGCCCAGAAUACACAAGUGGUGACCUCACUUGCAUCUGGCCCUAAGCAGAUGGUACUGCUCUGUGUAUCCAAGACCUUAUCCUCAGAUUUUUGGCUUUGGUGUUUAAAAAUUAAAAGCUUCUGAGACUGAAUGGUAAUGUAUAAGUAACUUCUAGUGACUUAAUGUUCUAAACAUGUUCAGAAAUCAAGUUUGAUUCGCCCAUCCGUCAUAAAGUUGGUUGAAUAACUUUAUAACAACGAACUUUGCAGCAAAGAUUUGAUUUAAUUGUAGCAUCAGGUACCUGUUCAAAAAAGUGAACCCCAGUUACAAUUCAACAAACUACAAUCUUAAGUUAUAAAACACAUUUCAUUCUCAUUUUAUUUCUGCUGCUUGUUUUAUUUGUAUACUGAAAAUGAAGAUGUGCUUAUUAAUGCACUGGAAUUAGCAAAAUCUGCUGGUACCUUAUUCACAUUGACCUAAAUAAUGAGCAUUGGAAGUGACUCCAGUGGUCAGAUCUGCCUCAGUUGACCCAGUGUCCAUGUGGUGCUGGGAGAUGUAAUUGGCAAUUCUGAGCCCUUGAUAGUCCUGGCCCAAAGUUGUGCGUGGUGCUGCUGGCUGGACCAACAAAGCCUGGGAAUGCCACAACAAGAUCCACAACUCUGUCAGUCUCAGCACAACUGUUUUAAUUUUAUUUCUCCAGCUGUCCAUCACCACUCCUGGUCUUGGAAUGUAAACAUGAGGGAAUAGCACCUCAAAGGAAAGUGAUCUUUUUUUGAACUGGAACUGGAGAGAAGCCUUCAGUUCCUGGAUGCUUGCCCUUUAUCCAAGUACUGAAAGCUUCCCCCCACCUUCUCCUCUGAAGUUGUGCAAAAUGGCUGAAGUCUUCUGCACUUGAUAUUAUUGCAGGGGUGUUGGAUUUUCAAUUAAGCCUACUCCUGAGAGGCUGGACUGAGUUGCUGGUCCUAAAUUCUCCCUUCCUGACUUAAGUCUUUGGGACUUGCUAUAUUUCCUCAACUGAUCCUCAAUCUCCCUUCCUGGCCUUGUGGCUUGUUAGUAACAGGAUUUCCUUAAUUAAUUCCUUUACUACUGAAAGCAGUGCAUGCCCUGAACAUGGACACUGCACCAAAUCUGGACUUCUCAGUUGGGAAAGGAGCUAGUGAUAAUUGAGAUAUAUUAACAUGCUGUCCUAGACUUUAAUUCCACUGUUAAAACAGUUCUUUUGGGUAAUACUGGGUAUUGAUAUCACUAGUACUCAGCCAUUGACCUUUCGGAAGGUGUUUUAACCCCUGUACUGAGGAAUUCUGGUUAUCCGGCUGGUGUGACUUGGUCUGUUCUGGACUAGCUGAUGGGUGCGUCGAUUUAUUUGUAUGCAAGCUAGAGCAAGCUGCUGGAGGAACUCGGCAGGUCAGGCAGCGGCUGUGAAGGCUGAGGGAAAGUUGAUAUUUUUAAACCCUACAUCACUGGGUGCAAAAUGUUCGCUGUCCAUUCACUUCUUCAGAUGCUGCCUGACAUGCCGAGUUCCUCCAGCGGCUUAUUGUUCUUGCUUUAGAUCCCAGUGUCUGCAGUCUGUUCUCAGGUUUAUUUGCAUCGCCAGUUGCCUUGGACUAAAGAGCUAUCUCAACAAGUGAUAAGCUCAACUAAUUUUUAACAGUAGAACUGAGAAGUUGAAGUAUUUGCUUGGGAGAUUCAUAUUUGAGUAUGUGGUUCCCUUCCAGUGCCAACACGAAUUCUGACAAAGAUAUGACUGUCCACUGGAGAGUGAGAGGGGAAAAUGAUAAUGAGAGACUCUGGUCUCUUUUGUUGUUAUUUAUUGUAGGAGAAUUAGUAAAAGACUUUUUGUGAAUAAUUGUAACAGCUACAGAGCUAUACAGAAAUUCAUUAGAAGGCAGCAAAAAUCUUUCCCAGGGACUCUGCUAAUUGAGGACAUCCUUUCAAGGAUUUUGGGGGUUUUGAGGAAAAGAAGUCAGUGAUUCUGCUCACUCACAAAGGCAUCAUAAUUGAUACUGUGCCAAUGAUCAUCAUGUAGAAGUGGUUUUCUGGGAGACAGCUUGGCAUAAAUUGAAUUUGCACACAGAUUUCUGCAAGAUCCCACUUCGAAAUGGUUAGAUCCUUUUAUUUAGUGAUAGUGGAACAUCAGUACAACUUGUUUUGUUAUGUUUUUGUAGGUAUUUAGCCCUGACUGCUUCCUUUAAACGGAGUGAAAUGAUACAACCAGGGAAUCAUUGUGCCUCAACCCUCAAUUCUCCGCACCACAAUGAAUCUGAAAUCAAAUUAAAUGCAAGUUUGUCACCCACAAGUUAUCUCAUCACAUUCAGCCGUCCAGGAUUCAAGAAUUAAUUAAUUAGUGCCUAUAAACAAAAACUAGCAGUGAAGAAAGCCUGACAGAAGCAGCAAAAAUAAAGGUAACAUAGGGGCAAGUAGGAAUUGAAGGUUAGUCUUUCAGUUACUGAUAAAGUUUGUAGCAAUUCUGCCAAACUCACUACAGUACUUGUGUUUAAUGCGAUGGAUGAAUUUAUAGAAUAACAACCAGAAAUGAGCCCUCAGCUGUCUUUAGUCCUGUGCUUUAAAGUAUGUUGACAAUAAGGUAAUGUUUUGCAUAUAUUAAUGGUUAAACAAGCCUUUGAAAGAAACCUUGAAAACUGUGGAAAGGAAGACUGUCCUACAGCUGCCAGUGUUGGAACAGUUGCUGAAGUGUGGUUUCGAGUCAGUGGAAUGCACUCACUGUUCGUCCAGCACUCCAGCUCCCUUGCACACAUUUGGACGGCUCCUCUGUCUAAAUAUUCACACUAGGAUUUAAAAAAUGCCCAGUAGUGAGAUGCUGAUAGUGACUGGAAUGAAUUAGUGUCCAAAAUGCACAAACCAUGUGUAAUAAUUAAACUGUCAUAUUAACACGUUCUGAAGAGCAGCAGUUCACGGUCCAAAAUGCACUUGCCCACUGCAAAUCGCCCUGUUCUCAUGCGUUUAUAUUUGCAAUCAAUGAAUUAUUACUGAUCACUCAAAUGUUGCUGCUUGCACGGGAGACAAACAGCAAAAUUUUGGCUGUUGCUUCUGUACUUGCAUGUGGUUCCAGAACAACAGGAUCUAGCCUUAAGGUGACCUCGUUAAAAUGUCAGCAGUUGGUCAAACGGCUCAGAUGCUUUGUGCUCAGACUGGAAGUGCACCCUGACUAGUCAAUCUGAAAUGAUGGAAAGAUAGAAAAUGGCAUCUCAAUACUGAGAGUGUGAGCAGCCUCUCCCAAUACUUGUACCUCUUCUGUUAUGAAGGAAUAUUCCACUACACUUGAGACUAGCCAAACUCUACCUUCGAACCUCUUAACUUUACUUUUAUUGGUAGUUGUGCAAUAUUUUAAUCUUGAACAUAGUUCCUUUUUUUUUGUUAAUGGUUCAGGACAGUUGUGAUCUGCAAUUUACGAUAGUUCAAAAUUACCCUGAACUGUUAUUAUUAAUAGGCAAAGAUUUUUGUUUAUAGUGUAGUUGACACAAGAUAUAUUUUGCAAUAAUUUGGUAAUAUUUUUAAAUACAAGCUGUCUACAGCAGUGGUGAUUUAGGAAAAGGUGAUGCCACUUUGAACAAGUAAUGCUAAAUCAAAUGUGUUCAGAUAAAUUCAAUUGAUCGGUCAGGUGAGGGAGAUGCAAGAAUUUCAUAGCAAUCUUGACUGUUGCCUUAGAGAAAUGGCUGGAUGAUAUAUUUUAUUUCUGUAUGCUGUGUGAAAUAAUGCAGUCUCUUCUCUCCUGGAUGGCUGCCUGUAGCUAUUGCCAUAUGUUUCCAGCACUGCUUAAUCGUCUAAAUGGUCGGUUACUUGGCAAAUGUUUAUGUAAAUGGAAAAGGCAAUUUGCAAGAAAGAAUAAUGCAAUACUUUUAAUGUUGCCUUCCCACUCAGUGGUACUGUGAUAUCGAGCAAACCAGAUAGCCAGACACUGGCAGGCAGAGAUGCUGACAGCAAGCUCUU